AUGACAAGUCCUCUUUUUACGUCUGAACAAUGGCAAGCGAUUGUUGAUCUAUUAGAAUCUCGUUGGAAUCGUCCGGGAUCUUCAAGUAAUUUUUCUUAUUCAAUUCAAUUAGCUCGUAAUGCAAUAACUAAAUUUGAACAAUAUUUUGAAACAUUAUCACCACAAUUAACUGGUGCUGAUAAAGAUGCAUUAUUUUCAAUUAAAAAUGAUUUUACUGAUGUACGUCAUUCGACUUAUCAAGCAGCAGGAAAUAUGGAAAUACGUUAUCGAAAAUUUAAAUUACAACCAACUACAUCACUUAUUAAUCAUUUAAAUGAAAAAACUGAUGAACUUACAUUUAAAAAAUUAAUUGAACAAUCUCAAUUAUUACAAGGUAAAUUAACUCAAUUUCAUUCAACUUAUUUUUGGUGUGAAGUUAAUAAAUGGGGUAUUAUUUUAUCUAUUAUUGGUGUUGCACUUGUUAUAUUCGGUCGAGUCUUAACUGUUUUAUUACCAAAUACAAAUUGGCAUAUAUUUAUAUAUAUUAUUGGAAUGUCAAUGUUAUUAGCUGGUUUAAUUGCACUUGGUUUGAUUAAAUUUCUCGAAUACAGACGAGAUCCAACAAGUACAAUGAGAUAUUUAGAAGAAAUUCAUAAACAAAUUGAUAAACUUCGUUUUCAAUUCGAUGAUCUUAAAGCAAUUAUUGCUGAAGAUACACCACAUGAAACAAUGCAACAUGAAUUAGAUGUUGUUAUUGAAUCAAUUAAAGAACUCAAAUUAUUAUGUUUUCCAUAA